AUGCUGAACUCUGGCAUCUCUGAGCUCGACUUCCUCGAUGCCCAGCUAUAUUUAGCGGUCAAUGAUGUCCUAGCCACCCAUCCUGAGCAUAUCGAAAGUUUGAUGGCAAGAAUUGUGCCAUUAAGCAAGACUGGGCAACUACGCUGCAUCAACACGCCGAAUCUUUUGAGAAGUUUUAUUUUUGGAGUCAGCCCUAUAAAUGUCGAAUUGAAGGUUCUAGUUGACUUUGCCAAAGCGCUACUACGUCGUGAUCUGCAAAACUCGCUGCUUGAAAUUAGUGAGCUUAUGGAUGAUGUGGAGGAUACUUUGCUGUGGAUUAUUCGUGAAUUCUCGGUGAACUUGCCUGAGGAUGACGAGUCUGUCAUAAGGGCUUCAUCAAAUUUGGAGGCCGAGUAUGCUCAGAGGAGCAAAAAUUUAAACUACACGUCCUGUGAAACCUACGCUAGUUUCGCCAUGGCUAAGCUUCUUGAACUCUCAAGAUUCACUUCCGAUUUGGAGCAAUAUGACUUUUUGUGUCAGUCUGUGGGUGACUCCCAACACUUUGAGGAGUGGUACAAUGGAAUCGUGAGGCCUUAUAAUUACUUUAGGCGCCAGUAUGGUGCCACGAUGGAUCCCAACACUGUCUCAUAUGACUACCUUAGCAGAGUAUCAUUUUUUGAGACAGUUGAUUUCUUUCUUCACCCUCAUGGUGAAGCAGUGAAAAAGUCUCAUGUUCCGUGGUCUCCUCAGAAGAUGCUUUCUGGUGUCCUUUUGCCCGUGAGUUUAUUCUACAAUGCUGAUAUCACCCCUCUUUUGGAAUGGGCGUUCAGCGAUAAAAAUUAUCAGUCUUGGUUGGCUAGGCUAUCCACAUCUCGUACCACUAUAGAGAGCAUUUUGAAUUUCACUUCCUAUCGCGGCAUGAAAAUGCCAUCUGAGUCUAUCACGGCAUCAGUGAGGUACUAUAUUGCUCUCAUUUACUAUUUUGCGCUUUAUGGCGAGGCAUCUGUUGCUUCAGUGGAUAUUUCGAGGGCGUAUGAUAUGAUAGACGACUCUGUUACAGUGCUUAUUGAAGAGUUUGAUGUUACAUAUUCUAGUGGGCCGCUUCUACCUGGGGGUAUCGAUAUUGAUAACUUACCCUCUUAUUCCUCAUUCCGCGGCUUUAGCACGAGCUUGGAUAACCCACUCCGUCCACUAUUCAUGCUGAAUUUGCAGAGUUGCUUGGCUUACUUGAAGAAUGUCACUGCAACAUGCUGCCAGGUGUAUCCGGUCAAUGGGCUCACUGUCCUGAAAUAUCUCAAGCUCAGUCAAAGUGGUCUUACUGACGUGGAGUUGAUUAAAAAAGAGAUUCUUCGCGUCCUUGCCCAUCUCAAAUCGUCCAACCAUGAAAAACUUCUUCAUUCCGUGAGACUCAUAACAUCCGCGUUUGUCAAAGAAGACCAAGGUCUCAAGAAAGAAGUUAAUCAUCUUAUCUUUGAAAGACUAAUUGGCUCUAGUUUGUAUUCUGCUGCAUCAGAAUUUUACGAAGAAAAUCUUAUGCAUUAUGCCAAUGAAGUGUUCGAAGUCGUGUUAAAGAAAUUCAAGUUCGAGUUCGAAGAGGCCUCAAGUUUGGAUGAAAGAUCGGGACAUCUAAAGGAGGCAACAGAAUGCGUGAGCUUUUUAAGUUGUCUUUCUUCGAGUGCUAAACUAGAUGAGAUCCACAAGCAGCAUAUUGUGAAAUUGAAACAUCUACUCAAAGCUCUUCAUAGUCUAAAGAACUUCAAGCUCUCUCUUGAUGGCAGAGGCUCCGCCAAGCCUCUGCAGAUACUCACAAAGAUCUCAAGAACGGACGAUAAUGAAAACUUCACGCCAUUCGCAAUUGUGUCACACGUCUUGGAGCAGAAUCCUAAAUCAUAUCAUGCGUACGAAAAGCUUUACCGCAUUGUCAAUGACUUGGCCAUAUACUUAGGUAUUGAUGUAUCACACGUUCCUUUCGCUAGGAUUCAGUCUGCAUGCAUCGAAUCAGCCCUUAUUGACAACAAUUUCGACUUUGCCUACAAGAAUUCGAAGAUGCUUUUUGAUCAUUACGCGACUGAAGAAAACCCUAGCCUUAACAAUUACUGGCUUACGUUCUAUCAAGCUGCAAAAUACGUUUCGCCGGACUGGUUCAAUGAUGAUGAUGACGCACAUGAUAAACGAAAGCUCGAAAUCUACCUUAAGCAGAGAGAGCUCUUGCUACUUACCCUUAAGCUAAUUGGGCCGUCUAAUUCUUCUGUUGAUAAUAGUCGCCUUAUUUUAUCACAGCUCAGGCAAAAAGAGAGGGAGAUUGACUCUGCAUUCGACGCACUCAAUAAUCAAAGUGAGCAAACCAACAAGGCACAGACACAAUUGCCAACUCUACAUAUUCAGGAGAAUGCUGGCAAAUUGUUGAAUGAGGCUUCAAAAACAACCUCUCAUGCAAGUGAUAAGUUAUCUAACCUCUUUGUUUCGGGACUUGGGUGGGCAAUCGGUGCCAACAGAAGGAAUAUAGACCACUGA